AUUCACUCUUGAAGAAACUGUCAUGGAGGCACCUAAAUUAUCUUUAUCCAACCAAAUUCUUUCCAAUGUCUUUAAUAAGAAUUCCAUUGGAGUUGUUGGUUCGGCCGUGGCUAGCCAUUAUGGAAUAGAGUUUGUAGAGAAGAUUUUUCAAGAUUUGGGCUAUAAUGAUGUACCAAAAUUUAUCAUUUAUAUUAUUACAACUUUACUAGGCUUUUCAGCCGGAUAUAGUUCAGCGCUAUCUCUGGAUGGAGUUCGUUGGAAAAUCCUUAGAUAUCUAUACGGUUAUCAGAAUUGGAUUCGGCAACCUAAGUCUUUCAAAACUAAAUUAUGGGGUUUAACUGUUAAAGCUCUUCUUGGACCGAAUAACUAUGGAACUUUUGACUUACAGUCAGUGCUACCUAGACUUCCUCUUCCAGAGCUUGAAGAUACAUGUCAGAAAUAUUUAAUGACGGUUAAGCCUUUGGUUUCGGCGGCAGAAUAUGAAGAAACGAAGAAAUUGGUAGAACAAUUUCGUGAUGGAGAAGGGAAGAUAUUGCAAAAGUUUCUUGAAAAGAAAAUAAAAGAAGAGGAUAAUUGGUUAUCCAAGUGGUGGAUUGAUUAUAACUAUCUCCAGAAUCGAGACCCAAUCGCAAUUAACGUCAAUUUCUUUAUGACCGGAACCCUAAAACCAGAAAUUAAAUGUAAACCGAAUGCUCGCAUAGCAACGGUUCUUCACACCGUCGUCAAGUAUGCGGAAUUAAUAGAGCAGAAUCGUUUACAGCCGGAUAUUAUUAUGGGUGUAAUUCCAGUAUGUAUGGAUGGUGCUUAUUACAUGUUCGGUACUUGUCGAAUUCCAGGACCUGAAAUUGAUACCCUUGUUAAGAACAAAGAUGCUAAACAUUGUGUCGUUAUUGCUUAUGGGCAGUAUUACAGACUUGAUUUAUACGCCCCAGAUAAGAAGACUGGAAAGCUGAGAAGUUUGACCAAACUUGAAUUAAGGAAACAAUUGGACAUAAUUGAAGAAGCUGCAAAAGAUAAUAACUAUCUAGAAGAUAUUAAGCCUGUUGCUUCUCUGACAGGCUUGCCGAGAAGUGAAUGGGCAAGUCGACGAAUAAAAUUACAAGAAAAAAACGCUGCUACUCUAGAAGAAAUUGAAUCUUCCCUGUUUAUGGUGUUUUUGAGCGAUCAUAAACGUUUCGAUAAUAUUUCUGAUCAGUCUCAUGCUGCUUUAUGCGGAGAUGGCUAUCAUAGAUGGUUUGAUAAGGGCAUAACUGUUGGUGGUUUUGGUCACUCUAUUCAAGGUGGAGCAAAUAUGGAACAUACAGGAGCUGACGCAACUCAUUACGUUCUUCUUUGGGAGAGAGUUUUGAUUUACGAAAGAUACUCACCCGACGGGGACGUUUUGACACUUGGCGAACCUGAACCAAGAACUCUCCCGCCCCCUAAACCUCUCGAAUGGAAUUUGGACUAUAUGGAAAGUGACAUAACUUACGCUUAUAAUCAUUUGAUGACGAUGGGCGACAAUAUGGAUGUAUUUAGCUUGCACUGCCCUAUUGGAAAGGGAGAGAUAAAGAAGUUGGGCUACAGUCCAGAUGCUUUCGUUCAAAUGGCCAUUCAAUUGGCAUAUUAUAGAAUGAACGGCCAAUUAGCAAAGACUUAUGAACCUGCCUCAACAAGAUUAUUUUUACUCGGACGUACUGAAAAUAUUAAUCCUGUAACCGAACUGUCGGUUGAUUUUGUCAGAAAGAUGGACGACCAGUCGAUGACAGCGAAAGAAAAGAAGCAAGCUUUAGUUAAGGCUAUAGAUUUACAAAAGAAGAAGAAUAUUGAAAGUACCUUAGGAUAUGGUUCUGACAGGCAUAUGCUCGGCCUUCUCUUGGCCGCUAGGGAGCUAGGAAGAGAUACGCCUCUAGUCUUUAGAAAUGAAGCUUAUAAGUUACCUAUGAACUUGAGUACAUCACAAACCCCGACCGUAAUCGGAACAUUGGGUUUGCCUCUGAUAGAAGAGACUAUGGGCGGUGGUUUUGGACCAGCCAGCCAUGAUGGCUAUGGUAUCUUGUAUAUUGUCAUUGGAGAGCAUUUGCUUAAUUUCAACAUAACUUCAUGGAGAACAUGCGAAUCAACUGACUCAAAGAAGUUUGCCGACGUUCUCAUUGAGGCAAUGGGAGAUAUGCGUAGUCUUCUUCAAAAAGCUCAAUUGUAA